CCUCCACCCAGCGCCCGAGGACACCACUCCGCCCUCGUCCUCUGCUCGCUCCCAGCCAGCUGUCACUUACUCACUCUUACCCAGCAGGGAGAACGCGCUGCCUCGGAGCUCCUCUUUCCCACCAGCACUGUAGCUUGUCUCAGGUGCUCAUCGUUGGACUAUAGCACCAUGUGGAAGGCUACUCUUGUUCUGUACCAGCUCUUUGCACUUGGUGGGCCCCUCCGUGCUGAGGAUGGCGACAUCCACCCCCAGGACUGCAGUCUGGACUGCGUGCGACAGGGAAGAACUGAAUGUGAAUACUGCAGAAUAAUCCGAGCUGACGUAGAGACGGCUCUUGGUUUUAACUCCAUCAACGCGUUUGGAAGUUGUAUUCCCUGGCCGUGUUUUGCGUUGCUUGGAAAAGAAGACAGUGAACUCUGUCAGCACUACGUCCACGGGCCGAAUAACGUCACGGUCGAGUUGGUACAUGAUCUAGACCCCAACUCAGACACGGUGGUUGUCUCCUGGAAGCCCAGCUGCCAUGGGAUUGCCUUCCUGCGAGGCUUUCAGGUGUUCCUGCAGGCCUUGGGAGGGACCAGCGUGGCCUGUCAGCUCUUUCUCUUCCACCGAAACGUCUCCCUCCCGGCUUCACAUGCUCAAAGGGUGUACAAGUCGGACCCUUUCCCCGGCCUUUCCCUUGGGUCCCAGUAUGCUGUUACCGUCAUGGCUUUGCCAGUGCCUGAGGAGUGGGAGAGAUUCUACCACAGCGAGCACUUCUCCACCCGCUCGUGUGCAGAGAAGAAUGGUCUUGAGCAGUGCAAAAAGGAUUGGCACCCCGAACAUAUCGAGGUCCAGCAGGAAGGUACAGCCAUCACUGUGACCUUUAACCUGGCUCCCCCAAGCCUGGGCAUCAGAGCCUACUUCUCACUGUGUUACGCGAACGGCAUAAAGAAAUACACGGACAUCACACCUAAUUCCAGCCAAAACCAAACUUACCACAGCUAUCAGCUGAACGACCUCGAAGAAGGAACCAACUACACCUGCGAGAUUGCAGCUAACCAAGUUGAUGCAGUGAGGAAGAAAUUCAAUGUUCAGGUCUUGCAAAUUCAAAAAGGAGGCUCCUCUCCGGCCUCUGUCUCUCCCUCCUUGGCGCUGAUUCUUACACUUGGCCUGGCCGUGGUAGCCAUGUUUGUAGUCUUAUUGGCUGCAUUCACCAGAAGGAGGCCGAGGCUUUGGAUGAAGAAACUAGACAUCAAACCAGAUGUUAUCGAGCAGCAUCGGGAGAGCAGGACUCCUGGGGAAGUGAUGUCAUUGGCCAGGAAGAGGCUGAACCCUCCUCGUCUUUUGAUUUGCUACAGCAGCUUCGAUGGCCCUGCACACGUCAAAGCCGUCAUGCAGUUGGGGGCCUUCAUACAACAGCACAUGGCCACUCAGGUGUGCCUGGACCUUUGGGAGUCUCUCAGCAUGUCUGAGGAGGGCAGCAUGGCCUGGUACUGCCGACAGAUUCGGGAGAGCGACUUCAUCUUGGUGAUCUGCUCUCGGGGCCUCCACCACUGGCCGAAGACUCCAGAUGAUGAUGAUGAUGACGGCGGCGGCACCGGCGACAACGAGGAGGCCGAGCAAGAGCUCCCCUUUGGGCCGAACUCUUUCAGCACUGACGUAGCAGUCCAGCUUAUUGGUGAGGAGGUGGGCCGCGCCAAAGCCGGGGGCCGGGACCUCUCUAAGUAUAUGGCGGCCAUUUUUGAUUACUCAGAGGAGGCAGACAUCCCCACCGAGCUGAGGCUGGUGUCUCACUACACACUGACAAGGGACUUGCAGCUGCUCUUCUCGCACCUCCAUGCAGUGGCUCUGGAAGGGCCGGGGCGCUACCUGAGGAUCGGCCACAUCUCAGACGAAGGUUACACCGAGUUACCAGCCGGAGCAGCUCUGCAGCGAUCUAUCGGGGAGGCUCGGGCGGCAAUGACGGCAAAGAGACAUCACUCUGAGCUGGGUGUCGCUUAGAGAAGUAAGUCGCUUUCACCAGUCCCGAAACCAAUACUUUGGUCGAUACCCAACCGGUGAAUGGAUGCUGUGUGGCAAAGCACUCCGGUGAUGGUGUGGCCUCCUUCUGGCUGCACCAACACUCGUCAUCCUCAGAGGGUGUUUGUUAUGAUUGGCUGCGCAAAAAAACGCACCGUUUGGCCUUUUCUCUAAAUCUGGGGAACAAAAAAGACAGAUUGCUAUUAGAAGUGGGUUAUUUCAGACAGCACUGAUACGCUGCUUUCAUUUUAGAGGUAGUUCUCCACCGGAAGGAUUUAUAAAUAGAAGAAUUAUGUGUGUAAUGGUAAACUAGGCUUGCUCAGUCAUAACAAUGUACUUGGACAUUUCCUAUUCUUUUUCUUACUGUGUCAUUUUGUACAUACAGUAUAUUCACAAUAUGAAGUUCUUCUGUGAGAAUGUUUGAAGUACACAUUGAAUGUGCGUAGUUUAUUUAUCCAUGUGCAUAUCUCAAGGAAUGCAAGUAAUGUCAUAUUUAUUAUUUUAUUCUAUGUUGAUGUGGGGAUAAGCAUUUGUAUAAAAGUGUGAUGUUUAGUAUUAUGCAUGUUUCGUAUUUCUAUCAAGUUUUCUGUCAUGUGAAUUGUAUAUUGUGUAUGUGUUGAAACAAAGAAUUCUAUGCAUGACACACUAAGAAGGUAUUUUACCAGACUGUAUUUUGGUGAUCGGCGGACGGCUGUGAUGUUCUGCUUGUUGAGAUCAGGUGCAUGAGGACCACAGUCCUGCCCUGGAACCCAGAACAGAUCACGGGGCGGUUGGCUGGAUGCACUGCUCCCGACGAUGGAUCGGAACCAACCCUCGGGAGUCUGUAAUGUAAUGGGACUAUUUUAUUGACAUGCUGAGCGGAGGGAUCAGGUGUAUCAGAGGGGGGCGUUUACCGUCGGCACUUGGGGUCGUACGAACCCACCCGGUCUGUCUCAGUGUUAAUGUAGAACUAAUAAAGUUAGCCGAAGACACCACA